AUGGUUGUGUUUCAUGUGUUAUGUUUUGUGACGUUGCUUGUGAACAUUGUGUCUGUUGGUAUUGUGGCUGCCACUCCUGCCGAGCCUCUCCCUGGUCCAGAAUUACAGACUCCUGGUGGUCCUCAUGCCGGUGGAGUUAAAGCUGAAAUACGUGUUCAAGGUAAAGGUCAAGAAAAUGAUUCUGUUCCUGAAGUAGAAACUGAUCGUGCUGCUCAUUCUAACAUUGUUUCUGUACAGGAGGAGAUGCAGCAGGGCCCGGGUGGACAGGAUGCACGUGAUGCCCAUGGUCAUGAUCCCAACAAACAGACUUCAGCAACAUCUGUCGUUACCGCACAACCCUUAAAUGCUGAACAUCGUCCUCAAGGUUCUCAAGGGCCUGUUCAUACUGGAACUCGUCUCCAAGGUCCACCAAGUGAAGCUGCUGCUCCUCCUGGUGCUCCUUCUGUUGCUCCUCCUCCACCCACUGCUGCUGAUGCAGGGACUACCGAUUCGUCUCCAUCUGGAGGUCCAACUGGAGCCAACGUCAACAAUUCAGCAGGUGAAGGUGCAGUCAACGCGGAGAGUACAGCAACAGCACAACCCACUUCUCCUUCUCCCGAAUCUUCAGACACAGAGACUGCCAAUGGUUCUGGCACUGCAAACGAUGGGGGUGGCAGUACACCUGCAGGGAGUGAACCAUCCAAUAACCCAAGUGAUGCAGAUAAUACAGAUACCACCACUACCACCACCAAUAUAAUUCCUACUGAGCCUGCAAACAACAAGAAGGGUGAUGCAGACAGCAGCAGCAGUAUCAGCAGUUCUGUGUGGGUGCGUGUGCCACUACUGAUUGUGGCUACACUGGCCUGUAUUCUUGUGUGCUGA